UGGCUCUGAACUCUCUGUCAGAUCGCACCAUGUCUGAGCUGGCAACCAUGAGGGGAAGAAAAAGGGGAAAGACCCCAAACAGAGGGCUCCCCUUCCCCUUCAAAGCUUACGAAAGAGUAAAUCUUCCCGAGUCACUCGACUGGAGGCUUUAUGGCGCCGUGACCCCAGUAAAGGACCAGGCCAUCUGUGGCUCCUGCUGGAGCUUUGCCACCACUGGAGCAGUAGAGGGCGCUCUCUUCUUAAAGACGGGCUCCCUGCAGGUUCUGUCUCAGCAGAUGCUGAUCGACUGCUCCUGGGGUUUCGGUAAUAACGGCUGCGAUGGCGGGGAGGAGUGGAGAGCGUACGAGUGGAUCAUGAAGCACGGAGGCAUUGCCACAAUGGAAACAUAUGGCGCCUACAUGGGAAUGAACGGAUUUUGCCACGUGAACUCAUCCGAGCUCACCGCACGUAUCCAGAGCUACACGAACGUCACGUCUGGCGAUCAGCUGGCCCUCAAGCAAGCGCUCUUCAAAAACGGCCCCGUAGCCGUGAGUAUCGACGCAUCACACCGCUCGUUUGUUUUCUACAGCCACGGCGUCUACUACGAACCUGCUUGUGGGAACACUGUGGAUGAUCUGGACCAUGCUGUGCUUGCAGUGGGAUAUGGCACCCUGAAUGGAGAGCCAUACUGGCUCAUCAAGAACUCUUGGUCCACAUACUGGGGCAAUGAUGGCUACAUCCUCAUGUCUAUGAAGGACAACAACUGUGGUGUUGCCACUGAUGCUACAUAUGUUACACUGGCAUAGACUGUGUCUUCUUUUAAAGCCUUUAUGUUGCUGUUGAUGCCACUUCAUGACUGCUGAAUUACACUUAAUCUUGAUGUGUGUGUUAGGCCAGCUUUAUGGGGAAAAAAAUCCUAAGAACUUAUCGUGGACUGAACUAAACAUGACGGCCUGAUUGGGAGGAGACAGCACUACAGUGUGUUGCAUUGAUAACAAGACAAACUGGAUCAUUGUGAAGUAAAAAGUGUUACGUCCCGAUAAUCAAUUUUGUCUCUGUGAUGUUAGUUUUUUUAAUUGCUGCUGGAAGGCAGAAUUUUUAUUGAAAACAAAUUUAAAUAAAUUUGCUGGUCCC